ACAAGCUGCUCAUUGGACAUCCAAAACAUAGUGUACUUGGAGGUGAAAGAACGUGCUCAUAGGUGGUCAUUGAGCUACAGUCAUGAGUGAAGUCACAGCUGAUGGUGCAGCCUUGAUGCUAUUACAGGAUAUCAUUAAAGAGAAGAGGUUUGUUGUGAAGAACUCUGCAGUGAAGUGGAGUGAUGCUGUUCCGCUGAUUCAGCAAAGGAUAGACUUUGUACUCGAUUCCAUCUAUGGCGAACCGGCUGCCGGCUUAUUAGCGUCAGGCUCACUGGGACACGAUGAUACCGCACAUGGAGUGCUGUGUACUCUGAGGUCACGGAUCAUCUCCAACAUCGAGAAGAGAUUUGUCGAAAGUCCACCUUUCACAGUGCUACGGUUGGCCGAAGUGCUUUUAGACCCGAAGGAGACGUAUAGUACAGCUUUGAAGUUCCUUCGUGCAUUAUACACCAUUACCUCGGUCACGUCUACGCAUUCAACAUUCCCCCUAGACGACGCUACAGAAACCGAAGAUACCAUUGCUAACGGUACGGUGGUUCAGCAAUCACUAACGGGCGACGAUUCACAGACUGUGCUGCUGACCAAAAUUGAUUGGCUCACUCAGGAAGAUAUUGAGGAAGUUGGGAGUGAAAAUUAUAUGGUUUUUGAAGAACAAGCAGAACUAGUUGUUGAUGAUCCUGAUCGAGACCAAGAUCCAGAGCUGGCGGGAUUGAAGACUGAAGACGAUUACAAGAAGAGGAAAGUUGAUGGCGAAUCGCACGACCAGUCGACACCAGAGAAGAAGCACAAGCUAUCCAAAGAAGAGUCCACUGAGCCCGAGAAUGGUAUUGCACUAGUUGAAGCGAUACCAGAUGAUCAUAGCACAAUAGUUACACAGGAUGACAACGUAUACACAGACCAUUCAGAGCAGCCACGCACAACGUCACCAGAGGAUAACAUGGACCUUGAUGGUAUCGCAGGGGAGAACUCUUUAUAAUACAACACUUGAAUAAUAAGUGAUUUCAAACGUUUAAUUGCGUACUAAUAUAUACAGACUUCAACAAAAAGACACAUAAAAAAGGCUUGUAUAAAAAUGUAGAGAGCUUCAUCCAAAAGACAACAUCAAGAACCCCUCGUUAUACAUAUUUACUUCACCUUUCUCUUUUGUCUUCUGUUUUCCUUCUUCUUCAUAUUCCUCCUCUUCCUCUUCUAAAACAUCCUCUCC